CGGUGCUGAGCCGAGCCGAGCCGAGCCGAGCCAGGGGCCGCCAUGGGCUCCCGCCUGCGGCCCGUGGCGCUCUGGGGGGCAGCGCUGGCUGCGGUGGGCGCCGUUGCUGCCGCCGCAGUGGUCUGGACGCGCGUGCGGAGCCGCUGCCAGGGCCGUCCGUCGGAGCCGCGCGGCUCCCUGCCCGCCCCGGCGAACGCUGGGCAGAGGCGGCACGUCCUGGUGCUGGGCCUCGACGGCGCGGGCAAGAGCAGCGUGCUGCGCUGCCUGGCCGCUGGCCGUGGGCGACGCGGCGCGGCCCCCACCGAGGGCUUCAACGUCGUCUGCAUCCACGCCGGGCAGGCGCCGAUGGAGUUCGUGGAGAUCGGGGGCAGUGAGUCUCUGCGCUCCUACUGGAGGAUGUACCUGCCCCAAGUGCUGCUGCUCGUCUACGUCGUGGAUUCAGCUGACCAUGCCCGACUGCCUGUGGCGAAACAGCUGCUUCAUCAGCUCAUCCAGAACGACUCCACCCUGCCAGUGGUGGUCCUGGCCAACAAGCAGGACCUUGAAGGUGCAUUUAGCAUCACGGAUAUCCACGAUGCUCUGGCGCUGUCUGAUAUUGGGGACCGGAGGAAGAUGUUCUUGAUUGGUACCCACGUGGCAGAAGAUGGCUCUGAGAUCUCUUCCAGCAUGAAGGAUGCAAAGGAGUUGAUAACGCAGCUGGUUUUGGAAAUGCAAUGACAGCUCUUUUCCCACAACAUGGCAACCACAGCUGUGAGAGAUGCAAUGUUUGUACAUGGUCGGUUUACCACAGGGCAGCUGAAAUGUGCAGAUAUUUUUUUCCCCUUCUCUGUAGGUGUGACAUUCCUGUGAGAAUGAUGCAUCAUUGUUAAAAGUCUACUUUAAUUAGUGAUUUUAAAAUAUCUUUGAAAAGCAGUGUAUUUUUUUAGAAUAUUUGUAGGGGGAAAUGAGACUCUCGGAAAACAGAGGUGAGAAGAUACAGCUCAGACAGGCCAAAGUGACUUCUUGCCAGGUGCUAAUCAAGCACUGACUUUAAUGAAACAAAGUUGCAUCCAGUGAAUUUAACAUGGUCUGGUGUCUUAGCCUGUAAUUGAAACACCUUUACUUUCUAUUUUAAAGAAGAUUUUUCAACAGUGACAAAUGAUUGUUGGGGUAGCUGUAUGGGAUCCCAUUCUUUAAGGGAAAUGGCUGGAAGUUGGGCUGGUGGGUGAAUCUGAAGUUUGAUACUCGAAAUCAUGAGCUGCUUCUGAAACUUUGGUUUCCUGCUUAUUUAGUGGAUGAGAUUAAGGAAAUGAAAGCAGUAAGACGUUAAGCUUCUUUGCCUACAGAGAAAAAAAACAGAACUGUGUCAAUUCAUGCAGAGACUUAAAGCAUUGAAGUUAAAUUGGCACCAAAGAUGGAGGGAUUCCUUCAUCAGCUUCAUCAGUUUGUUUUGGUUGAGUCCAGAUUGUGCCAGAGAAAAAUAAGCAGGUGAUAAUCUGUCAGUUUUGAAAGUGGCUUCUGUUACCGUGGCAGAUGAGGAAAGUACGUUGCCAGGGAGCGUUGCUCUCCCUGUGCUGGUACUGUCCUAACUCGCCCCAACAAUAUGCUUCGGCUUCUAGGCAAUGCUGUAAAAGGCACACGAGCGUUUUGUAACUGCUUUUAUUGUACAAGGGUUUUGUAGUUUUGUCCUUAGGGACAGAUAAAUAAAGCAGAAAUUUUAUGCUAA